CCUACAGUCUGGUCUGUGCACACACGGCCGAGGGUCCGUUUUCUUAUAAUCCGUACAUGCUUCUGUACUUUAACUUACAUAAAAUGUACAAUUAAAAUGAAGUGAUACUUUAACACGAGUCUUGGGUGCGACCUACUACUUCACUCCAUCACCACAGACUAGAAGACAGCCGCUAAAAGUUGCGUUGCAUGCAGGGAUAUAACGAUUUCCUGCUAAUUCAAAUAGCGAGAGGUAGACGGACAGUAGGGCCUGUGGGCACUGCACAUAUCUCUGCCCCACAGCCUCACAUCCACCUCAGCCUCUCGACACGGGCACCACCGCGUCUUCAUCCGGCAAGGUCAGGUCCGGAGAUGCUCCCACAGGCGACCCGCUUCGGUUAGCAACAUUUUCUAGAGGCUACUGCGCCAACAUGACUGGAAAGGGCCUGGAGCCAGAGGCGUCUAUCUGGCCAUUUGGAUGAUAAUGAAGUGGGUGAUACGGCUGACUAGAUAACAUUAGCUGGAGCCGCUUUGGACGAUACUAGCGUCAAAUCACUUCCUGCUUUACCCUACCGAUCAGAACACGAACUGCGUGCCCGGCUGGAGGAGGUUAGAAAGAAAAACUGACACGUGGAUUACUCCUCCCAAAGGAAUCGAGAAAAGCAAUCUCCAUCCUGCACAUCGUCCUCGUCCGGUCUUUUCAGGUGAUAGACUUGACGUUGACUCGAGACAUGAUUACGCGGAUGCUUUAUGAGAACGUUAGAUUUCUCCCUAAGCGUUUAACGUCACUUUUCUGAUUGAUCGACCAGAAAGUCAAGUCAAGUUAAAGAGGAAAGAGAUUGAAAGUAACUAAACAACCCGAAGCGAUUGGAAGGUGGCUGCAAUUACCUCGCGUUGAAUGGCAGUUGUUCAAAAAUACGGCAAGAGCUAUAAUCCAGAGUUGGUCUGUCACAAGGAAAAUCCUCCGUCGGACAAGCCCGGACUCCCUGGAUGUCAUAAGAACUGGCCUGAACACAACACCACCUGGUCAAGGCCAGUGGCGAGGAUAUGGACGGUGGUCCUGCUGCUCGGGGCAUGCCUCCUAUACUGCUCCCGUGUGGCCAUGCCCAUCUGUGCUGUCAGCAUGGCAGAGCAGUUCAGCUGGAGCAAGAGGGAGACUGGCAUGGUGCUGGGCAGCUUCUUCUGGGGCUACUGCUUCACCCAAGUGCCUGGAGGCUACGUCAGCGACCGGAUUGGAGGUGAGAAGGUCCUCCUGUUGUCUGCAGUAGCCUGGGGGUCGAUGACAGCCUUCACCCCCAUCCUAGCCCACUUCUGUUCCCAGCCUGUCCUCUCGAUGACACUGGCCCGUUUCCUCGUGGGCCUGUUGCAAGGAGUUCAUUACCCUUCUCUGGCAAGUCUGUGCUCCCAAAAGGUGGUGGAAAGUGAGAGAGGCUUCCUCAUGAGCACUGUGGGUAGUGGCUCCUACCUUGGCACUUUAGUGAUCGGAGGGGCUGGCUCCCUUAUGUUGGACCUGUAUGGCUGGGAGAGUGUUUUCUAUGUGUCUGGUCUCCUCUCAGUCCUGUGGGCCUACUGUAUGUGGAAAUAUCUACUCAAAGGAGAAGGCCCUAUCAUUACCCUUGAGUCCUUGGGAAGCACUGGACCCCAGUCCAAACUGACCAAAAGGCAUUGGUUACGGCUCUUCAAACAACCUGCAGUCUGUGCUGUGAUUGUUACGCACCUUUGCGCAGCGAGCACUUUCUUCACUCUUUUGUCAUGGCUGCCAACAUUCUUUAAAGACACUUUCACAGAUGCCAAGGGCUGGGUGUUUAACGUCAUUCCUUGGUUCGUUGCCAUUCCCUCAUCCCUCCUCAGCGGCUGCCUGUCCGACCAUCUCAUCAGCCAAGGCUUCGAUACAGCCUCCGUGAGGAAGUUGAUGCAGUUUUUCUCCAUGGGUGUGUCCAGUGUGUUUACCCUUCUUCUAUGUGGCAACCCCACCUUUCCCUGGGCUGUAGCAUUUGUGUCCGCCACCAUGGGCCUCAUCACCUUCAGUCACAGUGGUGUAUCUGUAAAUGUACAAGAUCUUGCUCCAUCCUGUGCUGGAGCUUUGUUUGGUGUUAUGAAUACAUGUGGUGCUUUCUCAGGCGUCUUAAUGGUGUAUUUCUCGGGGUAUCUCAUCGAAGUCACAGGCUCGUGGGCGUCUGUGUUUGCCCUCAUCACCACAGUCAACCUGCUGGGCCUUUUCACCUUCCUGUGUUUUGCUGAGGCCCGCCGGGUCGACAUUGACUCUAGUAAAGUUCGCCACUACAACAUCCACAUCUGAAGCAUCAUUCAGAGGGACCAGAAGUUUAUUCCCAAGGGAAAUGUGACCUUGGGCAGCAAGGACGUUAUCCACACCAGAGAACUAACAAGAAGCACAUGGAAACCACCUGGAUAUAACAUCUGAGAAAAUUUGAUUGGCUAUGGGUCUGGUAGUGGAAGUACAGCAGCAGUUACUGAAAAGCGCACAACAGUAGGAGGUAGAGCACUCCCCAAAAAC